CCACCUCUCAUCCUUUUGUGGGGUCAUCAGAAUCCCCCAAUUUUUUUCACUAUCCAGGAAAUAAAACCCUAACCCCCAAUUUCCCUCUCUCUCCUCCGCCGCAUGAACCACCACGAACCGCCCAAGGUAACCAUGGGUUCCGAAACAACAAUCCUCAGCAAUCACCUAUCCACCUCCGACCAACCUCAAUUCGAGUCACCUGAAUCACAACCAUCUCUACCCUUGUCUUUCUCUCUCCCCUUUCCUCCCAUGUCAAUAACCUCUUCCGCCGCUAAAUCCACCACUACAACCGCUUCAACCACUACAAAACUCGCAGUUUCGCGCCGCCGGGUUUCAUCAACCAAAGACCGCCACACCAAGGUUAACGGCCGAGGCCGCCGCGUUCGCAUGCCACCUCUCUGCGCCGCUCGAAUUUUCCAGCUUACUCGCGAACUUGGGCACCGUACAGACGGGCAGACAAUCGAGUGGCUACUCCGUCAUGCAGAACCAUCCAUUAUCCGAGCCACCGGUACUGGUACUGUCCCUGCCGUGGCUGAUUUCACUUCUCCGGCAAAAUCGUCUUCGACUCCUGCAAUAGCUGCCUUGCCUCUGUCAAUCGAUAACGGGUGGCAUUUCCCGUCACAAACCGUGGGAUUAGAGUUCGGAUAUCGUCACAUUCCGUCGUUCACCGCUCUGUUGCUGCAGCCCGAUGACGGGGAGCUGCGAAUGCGGCAGCAACAUGAAGGGCAAGACCAAGAUGAAGAACAAGGCGAUCCUGCUGAUUUUGCUAUUGCUAAAGAAGAGGAUCAAAAUUAACUACGGAGUAGUAAUUAGUAUUAGUAUUAGAAGGAGAGGAAGUGUAAUUUGAGUUGUAUCUCUAUUAUUAAGCUUGUAAUUUUUAGGGUUAGGGGUUUAGUCGUUUAGAUUAGAUAAUGGGAUUAGAUUAAAUAUGGUAAAUUUUCUUAUUUUA